CAAGAUCAGCCAGGACCACCGCGACAAAAAGCAUUCAAUCCCAAAACAAUGAAGACCGAGCCGGUCAAGCUUGACGGGACGUUCUACAGCCCUGGGGGUCCUCGACCUAGAUUGAUCAAACCAACGAAUGGACAGAGGAACAGGUCAUUCCAGCUUUGCGUCGCUCCGGAUUGCUUUCGUAG